CGUUUGAUUGUUUUUGUUUUUCCUUCUUCCCACCUCGCUUCGUGCGGUGCUUAUCACUGCACUUUGCCUGUUUCUUCCCAACAAAAUCUUGGCCGCUGCUGCUGCUGGGUUGGCCUGGUGGCCGCGGUUCGUCCCCAGCUGGCAAAAAGGAUAACCCGAGAGAGCACUUUUUGAACUGGAGGAAGCGACUAAGGACCCGGAGAAAUCCGACUCGACUCUCUCCCGCUCUCUCUCUCUCUUGGACACGAUGUUGAUAACGACUGAUAAGGAUUCGUCGGUGCCGAGCAGAAUUCCCAACCAGCUUAGCUCGUUCACUUAAGUCGUCGGGAUCAGUCUUGAGCGGUGCCCCGGCGGAAGUGGACGUGAAUCGUCAGUCCUAAUAUUUGUGUGUGCUUGUGUGAUAAAAACCAGAAGAAGGAUUUUUACAUCCUCACGGGAAAAAUGGACGAAUUUGCGCUCUGUUGGAACAACUUUGCGGACAAUAUCGCGAGCGGGUUCCAGAGUCUGUACGACCGGGGCGACCUGGUCGAUGUGACGAUCGCGUGCGAUGGGAAGCUCCUCAAGGCGCACAAGAUCGUGCUGGCCAUUUGCAGUCCGUACUUUCAGGAGAUGUUCCUGGAAAAUCCGUGCAAACAUCCAAUCAUCGUCCUCAAGGAUGUGUCCCUAAAUGUGAUGCAAGAGCUGCUCCAGUUCAUGUACCAAGGCGAGGUCAACGUGAAACAUUCCGAGCUGCAAAGCUUCAUGAAGAUCGCCGAAACGUUGCAAAUCAAAGGCCUGACCGCCUCCCAUCGCAAUGACCGCAACUCCUCCGCAGCGGCUUCACCGGCCACUAACCUUCACCAGCCCCAGCCAGCUCACAGCAGUAACAACGGCAACAGCUUGGGACGUCCUUCAACAAGCCAGCUGGAUCCGUCCAAGCUAAACUCAUAUCUUGCCGCGGCCGCCAAAGAAAGCCUCAAACGAGCGGCCGAAUUCCCUCCCUCCUCCGAACAAUACCCAAUCCACUACCCGAAAAAGCCCCUCAAACGCUCCACUGACAGCAUCGACCAGGAGAGCAACUCCGACUGCAUGGACCAGCUCAGCUCGGACGAGGUUUUCAUCCCGACUUCCCCCCAAGUCUCGAUGAUCGAGCCGCAGGCUCCUUCAGCGGCAGGAUCAACCCCCUCCCGCCAAUUUGACCUGUCCUCGGUCAAACGAGAGCACACCAACGACUCGAGCUGCUCGCCCCAGCACCACCACAACCUCCAGCAAAGUCCAACGAAUCUGGCCACGUCGGCGGCCGCAAUGGGCGCUUCAGCCGCAGCCGCCGCCGCCAGCAUGAAGCUGGGCUUUUCCAGCACGCCAACGCACCACCACGGUCAUUCGACGGGAAUCCAUCCGAUGUUUGGGGCGUUCGAUCCGAGCGGGGCCAGUUUCAGCGGGAUCGCGAGCAGUUUGGCGUCGAUUAGCGGGGCGACGGCGGCGGCGGCAGGGAGUGGCGUGAAGCUGGACUACUCCAACUCGGAUUACUCGCAGGAUUUUGGGAAGGGUGGAGUUCCGCCCGGGCACAUGGACAUUCCGGCAGUGGCCCCCGGUGAAAAGUGGUUCCAGGGCCGGCUCCAGUUCAUGCUGAGCCAGCGCGGCAAGCCGCUGCUCGUGCACGACGGCCACUCGUUCGGCAUCCAGUACAUCCGGAAGGACAAAAAGUACUGGCAGUGCAACCUGUCGCGGAAGUACAACUGCAAGGCGCGCGUCACCACCACGGACACCGGCGACAUUAUUGUCACGAACAACGAGCACUGCCACACCGAGAUCCGGCAGCACCUGCGCAAGGACUACAAAUCGAUGAAGCAGCUGAACGCCAGUUUGGCAGCACUGCGCGCCCGCCAGGAUGCUGUCAGUUUGGCGGGGCUGGGUACGGGCGUGGCCGGCAGUGUGGAAACUUCGCUGAACAACAAUUCGCUCAAUAUUUGCAAUAAUAAUAACAAUAACAACGGGUUGGGACUGGGACAGGAGCAGGAAACGAGCCUAAACUUGUCCACGACGUCGAACUGGCAGCUCAAGAAGGAACCGACGCAGGGCAAUGAGUAGAUCAGUAGUGGUGCCAAUUUUACUCAGAGACAUUAUCUUUCAAAAUUCCACUGCUAGCUUUUUUUUACAACUUUAGCAUUUAAGAGACAUUAUUUGUUACCAAAAAGCAACUAUGAUAGGAUUAGGUACCUGAACUCAAGCUCAAAUUUUGAGCGCCGAGAGGUGAAGCUAACAUGACCAAAGCUGUACUUAGGGACGUUUUCUCUAGAGUUUUAUGUUUCAAUCUUUGUUUUGAUUUAAGAAAGGAUAAAUAUAUUACAAAAUACGCAAAGGCCAUAAUACUGUACCGGUUGUUCCUAAAUUGAGGAGAUUUUUUAUGUACGUGUUAUUCCUAACUGAUAUUCAUUCCAAUUUACCAAAAGCAAUACCAUCAAUAAACGAUAAGAAGUUAUGUUUUAAUUUAGUCAUAAUAAAAUGAACUAAGAGGACGAGAUUUUACUUGUUUAAAAAAAUCGGCAGCAGCUUUUAAUCAUGUUUCA